UUAUGAAUGAUUAAUAAUUGAAAUUCGUUGCGUAACUAAUUUUUUUUUUAUUAAGAAAAUUUUUUAGUCUCUUAGUUCUAAUAUCAUGACCGCUAAACACAGCUUAUCACCUUAAUAAGAGAUAGUUUUCUAACUGUAGAUAAUUUUUUUUUUAAAGCCCUAUUUCUUUCUUAUCGUUAUAAAAUAUGUCAUUAUCAAUAUCUUCCGGUUACACUUUAUAUGUUAUUGGGUCUUUUUAUUUGAGAGGGAACCGAGCUGAAAUAUUUACGCUCAAUUUAGGCGCAUUCGAUUACUGCACUGUUUGUAGGCUGUAUGGCUAGAGUUUUGUAUGUGUAUGUUGUGCGUGCUACGUUAUUUAUACGCGUUAUUUCUACCAAGGUCGAACAAAUCUCAAAACGUAAUUUAUUACUACGGUUUUUAAAAUGGAAAGUUUAGGUUGAUAAAAACUAUAUUUUACAAGGUCAAUUUAAGAUAUAAAGCUAUAUAGUAAUAUUUUAGUUUUUCUUCCCAGCUUGAUUUUAAUAUUGAAUAAUAAACAUUCAAUAUUUGCUUUUCUGCAAUUGAAAUGAAAGAUUAUUUAUAAUAUGUCAAGUUUUGUGUCGAUAACGAAUAAUAAUAUGUAAUAAACCGUUUAGACUUUGAUCGUGAAACAACAGCUUCAUUGCAUAGAUAAUAAUCAUCUUAAUCAAAUGGAUCGUUUGGAAACAGGAGUGCAUGAAAAAAUAUAAACAAUUAAAGUUCGCUUACAAACAUUGCCUUCUGUCAUUUUAGUUACUUAUACUACUUUGCGAGACCGUCGUAAAAUCGAUACUUUUUCGCUGAGAUAAUAUAUACGUUAAUUCGAGCUGUUCGUCAUUGUCUAGUCUCUUUCCGCUCUAGCUUGCAAUUUCCCUCGGUUGAUGAAUAAGAAAAUUUUUUAAAUUCGCUUUCUUUUCCCCCAUACAGCGAAUUCGACGCGCCAAUCAAGCUAGUUCCUCCAAUGCUCGAUUUCGGUGAACGGCCGGUGGGCAUGCCUCAUCAGAUGCAAGUAACGCUCGUCAACAACGACCAGCAGUCACCUUUGCAUCUGUCCUAUAUAUCGGGCAACACGCCGCAUUUUCAUUGCUCAUUCUUCGAGAGUAAGACGGUACAAGCCGGUGCUAACACAACGUUUGAUGUGGUGUUUCUGGCCCGACAUAUCGGCAAUGUCGAAAAUACGCUAUAUAUCCAUACAAAAGAUGGAGCGAUCUUUAAGUACAACGUUUUUGGCGUUGGGACGCCUAAUCCUUACAGAGUGCGUCCUUUAGUGGGAGCUCGACUACCUCUAAAUUCAUCUUUUUCUCCGCUCAUCCACAUGCAUAAUCCGCAUUCAUGGCCAUUACAAGUCACCGAAAUGUACUCAUCUGGUGGUGAUCUUCAUUUAGAAUUACCCACAGGCCAAGUAGACGCUCCAAAGCAAUUUUGGCAAAUCGAGCCGUUUCACACAAAACCCGUCAUGAGGGCAAGUUUUGUUGCACGAACGGAGGAGAAGCAUACGGCUUUCAUUCGAAUAAAAACAUCACAUAUUCGAACCACAAGUGGAACCAGGCGUGUUGCCGGAGAAGAACUAGUUUUACCUGUAGAGGUAGAAGUUUCAUCAAAGUAUGGUAUUUAUUCACCUGUGGAGAUGCUUGAUUUUGGCUUGAUUAGGAGUUCCGAUUCGCCGAAGUCUCUAAAACUAUCACUCCUUGCUGCGCAUAAGGCGGUUUACAUAACUAAUGUUCGAUUAGAGUCACCUAACGAUGCUGUUACAAUUGAUUUCCGACCGGUGACUAUAAAAGCAAGAGUCAACGGACCAACACAUGUAGCAACCGUACACUUUGCAGCCUCUAAAGUGCUAGAUGAACGGCAAUUUAGUGGCAAGAUCAUUGUGGAAACGAAAUUGGAGAAUUUGUCCUUAAUAGUCCCAUAUCAGGCUACGGUUAUGCAAGGUCGUUUAGAAUGGAAUUUGGACAAUACCCUUUUUUAUACGGGUCACCCAAUAACGCCUAAUACAAGCAGCUGGCUGUCGUUAAUUAAUCAUUUUAAAACUCCCUUGGUCAUCUAUAAUGCUACUAUCAGCGAUCCUCAGCACUUCUCCGUCGCAAAUUUCUCAUCGCCUCUUCUCUUAGAGCCUGGAAAAAAUAUCACAAAAUCGAUGCGAAUACUUUUCCAUCCUGCAAGCUCGAAAUUAAAACUCAGAUCUGAUUUAGUAUUGCACACAAAUGCGUCGACUUUCAAUGUUCCGUUAUACGCUUACAAUGGGUGGUUAAAAGUAGUACAUCAUCGCCCUGAAAUCUUUAAAGGUCAGCUCGAUUUUGGAACGUUGGGAAUUAGUGAGAACAGAGUGAUGACAUUUACACUGAGGAACGACAAUCCCGUCAACGUUGUGAUAAAGGAAUUCGGUUCGAAUUUUAACCGAACUGUUGUUAGUUUUUUAGGUUUGGAGAAAGGAAAUGGAACAUUAUUACGAGGAGAUAAGAAUAACUCGGAUAUUGAGACAAAUCCUUUAAUUUUACCAUCUCACCACUUUGCUGUGUUCAACGUUAAUUUAACUGCCCCACCUUAUGAGGGCACAUUCGCUGCUGAAGUGAUUCUAGCUACCAACUUUCAGAAUCUCUACAUUCCAUUAACUCUACGAACGGCAGAAGGAUCUCUUUCAGCUAUUCCCCCAAAGAUUGCUCUCGAUGAUGUCUUCCCUACAAGGGCGGCCUCUCAUAGCCUUCAAAUUCGUUCGACUUUUCGCAAAUACAUGCAAAUCAAGAGUAUUCGCUUUGAACCGAACGACACUCGAUUUUAUUAUGAGCCACCUAGAACGGGGAAUAAGUAUGUUAUCCUAAAUUCUGGGGCGACUACUAAUGCCGGAACGAUUCAUUUUGACGCCCUGCGUUCUUGCCGAAAUUCGUGCUAUUUGGGUUUACCGACUAAUACACCAGCUGGACAUCAAUGGUUAGUUGGAGCAAAUCUUGAUAAGGACGUAGCGGAUGUAGAUCAGUAUUUAUAUACAAGAUUCAGGCACUUUUGGAAAGAUAUUAAACAGUCGCAUGAAGAUAGUGUAAACGUAACAGUUGAAUUGAACACUAACGAGAUUCGGGGCUUUCUAUAUCCCGCCGUCGCUCAUAUGAUAUGGCCCUCUGUAGUUAAUCGUAAAUUUAUCAAAUUUCCAUUGACACAGUUGGGUAAUACAUCGUCAGCGCAUGUUGAUCUACAUAAUCCCUCGGAUUUACCAAUAUUAUUUCAAGUUCUGCCAUUGUCAAUAUAUCCAUCGCCGCAUACGGUGCUUAAUGUAUUAUCAGAAGAAAACGGCGACAUGGACUUUUUAGACCCGAACGCAAAUCAAUUCUCUUUGCUUGAUUUAACCUAUCCAGGAAAUGAAACUGCUAAUCAGUUACGAAAACAAGUAGAACGGACUCUAGGCGUUAAACCACAUCCGCAGACGUUAAGCGCUUUGGUCGCACCUCGUUCUUCUGUUCGUGUCCUGCUAGGCUUUCGUCCAACAGAUGAUACUGAAAAAGCAUCUUUAAUCCUCAUUAGGAAUAACCUAACAGUGAUGGAUUCCGUUGUUGUUCAAGGACAAGGAGCCAGUGGCUAUUUGAAACUUAGCGGUACUAAACAAACUGAUAAUUCACUGCAGUACAUCACCUUCGAUUAUACUGAACGUCAAUUGAAAAAUUGCGAUCGACGAAAGUCUAAUUCGAAAGCGUCAAUGUCAAAUUUUGUGUUACGCCGUACCACUACGGCAAAAAACACAGGCUUAUUGCCGUUUUACAUAAACUCUGUACUAAUAGAUGGCGAACCUUGUUCUUCGGGAGGUUUUUCUGUAAUGGAUUGCUCAGAUGGUGGCUUUAGUAUAGGACCGAAUAUGUCGAAGAAGAUAGAAAUACUCUUUACACCAGAUUUCACGAUGUCACGGUUAGAUAAAACUCUAGCCGUAUAUUCAUCAAUUCAGCCAAAUGUUCCACAUUACGUUCACAUGCAUGUAUCAAUACCACCACAUUUGUUAUGGAGGUGUGCAUUAGCCCUUCCAAGACCUCCGUGGGAAAGAAUGCUGUAUUAUUUUGUUCUAGGAACAGUAGGAGUUAUGCUAGUUUGCACUCUCUUAUCUUCCUAUUUUGAUGCUGAUCGACUCUUAACAGCUGAUGUUCAAAAGAGAAUUCGAGUAAACCCAACAAGUCUGCAUAAAUUUGAUUUAAAUAAUUUUCAUCAAAAACAUGUCAAUGGAACAAAUCAAAUACAUUUUAGCCAUCAUAAUGAAACUAUAGCUGAUACUCCUAGAAUGCCACCACCAAGGCCGAAAAAGCAACAGCAGACAUUUCUUACAAAGUUUCUCUCUUUCUUAUGGGGGAAGAAGAAGUGUAUUGUAGAAUCGUACAGAUCGACGGGUGAGGAGGAUUAUUGCCAUUCGAACGAACAGAAGACCAAUAAUAUUCACGUAUCAAAAAAUAGAGAAGUGAAAAGUAAGAAUGAAAAGAAAAAGGAAACUGCGGAUCAUUCUAGAACCACUUCAAAUACGCAAUCAAAGCGUAGUCUUCCUAAAGAAGAGAAAAAUCCUGAUCGUACAAAAGUUACGACAGACCAAGGAUCUCAGAUUUCCACAUCAACUAAUGGUGUAUUGGCUAACUCGAAUAAUAUUAGUAAAAAAGCUAAAAAAGCCGUUCGAAAGAACUCUAAAACUCCUCCAACUGGGAAACCGAGAGAAACUUUUAAUUAUGAUGCUGACAAGGACGAAACAAGUUCAACAACGACUGAGACGUCUAGUACUGAUCCGGAACCUCAUCAGCGCGUACCUACUCCUGAAUUGCUCAUGCGUAGAAUGGAUUUAGAAAAUGCAAAAACUGAAAAGAAGAUAAAAUCAAAAUCUCUGCAAGCCAAAGAAAAGAAAUCAGCAGUCACAAGUGUACCAGUGGUUUCUGCUACUCCAGCAGUAGCUUCUGGAGUUGGCGCAGUCGCUGGACCAACCAUAGUUCGAAAGAAAAGUAAAGAAGAAACUGUCAAUGAAGAUGAGUUCAUUCUUACUGGUGCAAAAGCCAGACAAGCCAGGCGAAAAGAAGGUCGAAAUUCGUCAAAAUCUGACACUGCAUCUACCAAGGAAACUACAACUACACAUUCAACAAGUACAGAUAAAUCUCACACAGGUGGGCAACAACGUAAGAAUACUGGACAAAGUAAAGAUCGCUCGAAACGCGGCAGAAAUAACAGAGGUAAUGGACGUUCAUUAACCGCCACAUCGUCGAGUGAAUCAACAAGUAUGUCUGUAUGGUCGACGUUUUCGGAAAGGCCAAAAGAGCCUGAUGCGUUCUCUGAUACUACAACUCCUGUUUGGGAAAUGCCGCAAUCUUCCUCUCAAUUUACCCCUGGUGAAACUGGCGAUCUUAGUGAAUUGUCAAAUGUUACUGAAAUGUGGGAUAGACAACAUCAUAAUCGGUCAACUCUACCAAAAGCAUCUAGUCCAUCUGAACAAGGUGCCACUUACAGUCAGGUUGUAAUGACCAAUAAUUGUUCUCAACCGAAUCGUGGAAUGUAUGAUUCUCAGAGGUCGAAUACAGCUGUUGGACAAUCGAUUAUGUCUUCAACUUCGCAGUGGAAUGGAAUUGACCGUCAUCAAACUCACAUGACUCAAUCAAAUGGUUUAAGCCAUGGAAUAUUGGAAGAUGACAGUUCGCCAUUUGACUUUGGGAAUAGACCAAUCAUGAGGAGCAAUGCCGCUCCAGGCGUUCAACCAAGAACGGAAUGGUCAGACUUCCCAACUGUUAUAAAUGCAGAAAAUUUGUGGGAUGCCGAUAGAAAUCCGAGCUUAUGGAGAACAGAGGAAAGACAAUCGACCUCUACUUGGGGAUGUUCAGAAGGUUGGAAUCCGAUGAGCAACGAUGACAGUGCUUUACAGAAUAUAUGGAAAAAUACUUCUUCAGCUGCUGAACAGAAACAAGAACAUACACCAGCUACUUUUGAUAUGUUUCAGUCAUUAGGGAACAUUUGGACACCAGCAUCAACUGCAUCAGAGCAGAGACCGAAUUCGGGAGGCUGGGGACAGAAUGAUUCUAACUGA